AUGGCUGUCAAACAAGCAACGCGCGUCUACAAAAUGAAGAGGUUUUGGAACACAACCAUGAAAAGAUCCUUGGCAUUAAACCCAGGGUCAACACCGAAGCAAGUGGUGUCACCCUCAUCCUCAUUCCCAAACAAAAACAUAAAAGUCCUUUCUGAGAGAGACGCUCGAAAAGUGCGCCAGAACGCAUUAAACCCGGCAUCAUCGCCGAAAUCGAAUACUCCGCCACCGCCGAAACCAGUUGAUAUCAAACAGACAAAAGAGUAUCAGACUCUUUAUAGACGAUGGGUGUCGACGAUAGUUGCGUUGCCGAUUUUGUUGUACACGUCCUGGGUGUUGUAUGAGCGGACAUACGGAUCAAAGACCCAGAAACAUCUUGUCAAGGAGAGCCCGACAGCCCGACUACAGUCAAAAGAGCAUGGAAAAGAAGAAGAAUGA